ACGGACUUCUUAAGAGAUUCCAACUGAAUAUUUAGAAAUAUUCUUCAAGAAAUUCCCCUGGUGAAUCAUCUGGUCAAACUCCCAGCAUUCAGAUAAUCCAGUCAGCUGCUGAGUACAAGCAGCCAUCUAUAUGGUUCCUUAAUUCACUCCAAAUUAAGAAUCCAAAACCUUCUGCUCAAUCUUGAAUCAUGAGACCACUGAGAAAGUCACUCCUUGAACCUAACCCUAAAUCAUCAUCACUCCACAAAGCCCUUUCUUCACAGUUCACUUACUGUCUUGAUCGGCCUCCAGCACCAAAACCCCACUUCAAUGAGACCACCAACACCCACUUCCCAUUUUCAAGAAACCAACAAAAACAUCAAUCCAACAAUGGACAAACCAAUACCCUCUUGGUCAAUUCACUACACAAACUAAAACCCACUUCAAGUACUUUGUUGUCUAGCCAGACGAGGUUGUUUUCAUGUUCAAGUUCCUUUUUUUCGCUUUCAAGAUCUCAUUUUGGCAAAGAACCCGUCUUUAAAGUUAUAUUUCAUGAUCCAAUCUCUAGUAAAUUCAUUCAAAGAAGGGCCUUUUCAAGUGAAAAUUCAAACCCGGAAAAUGCUGUGUCAGGGGAGAACUCACAGCCGAUUGAUGCAGGGUCUUCUAUGAGAAAACCAAUUAGUUUGUGGCCUGGAAUGUACCAUUCUCCUGUGUCUAAUGCCUUAUGGGAAGCAAGAUCAAGGAUUUUUGAGGAGCCUCAUGAUUCUGGGACUUCAGAGACUGAAUUAGUUGCGAAAAGUCCAUCAAAGAGCAGGACUAGCAUUUGUUAUAAGUUUUCUUCUGAUUUUAUACUUAGAGAGCAGUAUAGGAAUCCAUGGAAUAAGAUUAGAAUGGGGAAGUUGGUUGAAGAUCUUGAUGCUCUUGCUGGAACCAUUUCCUAUAAGCAUUGCUGCAAUGAUGAUGGCUCAACUAGGCCUUUGCUAUUGGUCACUGCUUCUGUUGAUAGGAUAGUUUUGAAAAAACCAAUCCUUGUUGAUGCUGAUUUGACUAUAGUUGGUGCUGUUACAUGGGUUGGGAGGUCAUCCAUGGAGAUUCAGAUGGAAGUGAUUCAGCCCACUGAAGGGGCCACCAAUCCAUCAGAUGCAGCUGCUCUUGUAGCAAAUUUCACAUUUGUCGCUCGUGAUACAAAGACAGGAAAAUCAGCUCUUGUUAACCAGAUCUCACCUGAAACUGAUAAAGAGAAAUUGCUUUGGGAAGAGGCUGAAGAAAGAAACAAGAUGAGGAAAAAGAAGAAAGCGGAAAAGAAAAGGGAUUCUGAGAAUGAGGAUAUGGAAAGGCUCAAUGCAUUGUUGUCUGAAGGGAGGGUUUUCAUUGACAUGCCAGCAUUGGCAGACAGAGAUAGCAUUCUUAUACAAGAUACUCGUCAUGAGAACACUUUUAUUUGUCAGCCACAGCAAAGGAACAUUCAUGGUCGUAUUUUUGGAGGAUUUUUGAUGCGCAAGGCAUUUGAACUGGCCUUCUCGAAUGCUUAUGCAUUUGCUGGUGCAGCACCACUCUUUGUUGAAGUUGAUCAUGUUGAUUUCUUCAGACCUGUGGAUGUUGGAAAUUUCCUUCGCUUGAAGUCUUGCAUUUUGUACACAGAACUCGAGAACCCAGCUGAACCUCUGAUUAACGUGGAAGUUGUUGCUCAUGUUACAAGGCCUGAGCUAAGGUCUAGCGAGGUAUCAAACAAAUUCUGCUUUACAUUCACUGUCCUUCAUGAGGCCAUUAAAGAUGGAUUGAGGAUUCGGAAUGUUGUUCCAGCUACGGAAGAAGAAGCACGUCGAGUUCUUGAACGCAUGGAUUCUGAAAACUCCCAGCUUGCAAAAUCGUGAAAUAAAUCUCCCUGUUGUCUGGAAAAUAAGCAGAGGGGGUGAAAAUGGCGGCAGUCUCGCUCUUUUUUUGGUAGGCUUGGAUAGCUUGAGCGUAAAUAAGCAAUGAUGUUUGGAUUCAUUUGCAUCUUAAUGAACCACAUGCACAAAUUCUUUGUACAGAUAAUAAACCACACAAGGUUGGACUUCACCAUCUGAACAAAAAUUCUUAUGGGUCCCGGCUA